UUCCUUUCCUUUCUACUGUGGACAAUCCAUUUAUUUUUACCUUCGUCCACUCAACAAGAAUUUCCUUUACCAAUUCCUGUCGUAGAAGAAAACAAUAAUUUUACCUCAUUUUCAACACCUCAACUUCCUUCUUUGCCUCCAACACCUUCAAUAACUUCAAUUUUUUCGUCACCAGAAAUUUCCUGGCAAUUACCAACACUCGACCAAAUGUUUGCUUCAAACACAUUUUUUGGUUUUCCGCCUUUAAUUCCCUUUGGAACGGAGAUUGCGACACCGAAAAAUGAGAAGAAUGUGGUGGAGAAGGGACUGGAAGGAAAUGAGAAGAAUGUGACGGGAGAGGAUGGAAGGUCUAAAAGUGGUUUUGUUCUUUCUAGACAGGCUGGAAUUAAGGUUCGAUUCAAUCCUCCAGUAUUUGACAAUGUUGCUCAUUUCUUUCGUAGGUUUAUUUUUAUGUAUGUUUUCUAA